GCAAUGGCCUCGUAUGCUCCGACACUCUUGUGGUUUGGAUGGACAGGUGUACUAGUGGAUGCCAGAACAGAUCGUUGUGUGGUAAUAUGCCAGGCGUGCUAGCAGAUGUCAGAGCGGACUGAUCAUGGCUCUGUCGAGAGCACUCAGAUGUUGUCAGAGGAUUUUCUCCUGGAUUCCCGUCAUCAUCAUUUCAUCAGUGGUUCUUUGGUCUUAUUACGCGUAUGUCUUUGAACUGUGCUUCGUUACUCUCAGCAAUCAUCUGGAGAGAGUGGCCUAUUUGUUGAUAUUCCAUGUGUGCUUUAUAAUGUUCUGUUGGACUUAUUGGAAGGCCAUCUUUACUCCACCAUCUACACCAUCUAAAAAGUUCCAGUUAUCAUACACUGAUAAAGAAAGAUAUGAGAUGGAAGAGAGACCGGAUGUUCAGAAGCAGAUUCUUGCUGAUAUUGCCAAGAAACUUCCCAUCUUCACACGUGCUCAGUCAGGAGCUAUCCGGUUCUGUGAUCGUUGUCAGGUGUUAAAGCCAGACCGCUGUCACCACUGCUCCGUGUGUGAAACAUGUGUUUUGAAAAUGGAUCACCAUUGUCCAUGGGUGAACAACUGUGUCGGAUUCUCCAACUAUAAGUUCUUUCUGCUGUUCCUGUCUUACUCCAUGAUCUACUGUGUCUUCAUUGCAUCAACAGUGUUUCAGUACUUCCUCAAGUUCUGGGUGGGAGAUCUGCCCAAUGGCUCUGCCAAAUUCCACGUGCUCUUCCUGUUGUUUGUGGCGCUCAUGUUUUUCGUCAGUCUCAUGUUCCUGUUUGGCUACCACUGUUGGCUGGUGGCUAAAAACAGAUCCACACUAGAGGCGUUUUCUGCGCCAGUAUUUCAGAAUGGGCCUGACAGGAAUGGCUUUAAUGUUGGGCUCAGCAGAAACCUCCAGCAGGUGUUUGGUGAGGAUAAAAAGCUCUGGUUUAUUCCGGUGUUCACAAGUCAAGGUGAUGGGCACUAUUUCCCUCUAAGGACCCUGCGUGAAUCAGAGAAUCCUCUGUUGGCCAAUGAGGAGAAAUGGAUGGAGGACGGUGGAUCAGAUGAAGAAAGCGCAGAUGAAAAUGAACCUUCAGUCAUUAUUAGGACUGAAUCGUAAUCACUGGAGUGGACGAACCCUUGUGGGACCCUUAAUUGACUUUAGCUCCAAUCCUUGAAUGAGACGACUGCAUUCCAAAUCCUGGACCAUGCCAGAAAAGCAUGUUUUUAGAGAGCCAAAUAUAUUGGGAACAGUGAGGACUUUUCUUGUAAUGCUGAUUACUUAGAACUUAUCAUGCUGAAUGUUAUCAAGUGUAUUUCUCAUAUUUUAUGAAAAGGAGAGCCACAGGACAAUCACAGGCAAUUUCAGAUGUCAUAGACCUGUUGGACUGUUUAUUAUCAUGCUUUGAUGACAACAUAUGGACACAUCUGAAAAAAUAUAUCAGUAACCAUUUGACGGUAUUUCUGAUUGCUGUUUGCUGAGGUUGUUGUUUUUUUUGGAAUGAAUCUUGUGAAACGUAGAAAACUUGUCCAGAUCAUAUUUCACCCAAAAAAAAAAAAAAAAAAAAAAAAGAGCAAAACUUAUUUAUGUCAAGUUGUUUGAAUUGUAAAAUAUUUAUACAUUUUGGUAGUAUUUUCUGCUAAUUUUAAUUAAAAGCAUUGUUUUACAGUAAAACAUUCUGGAUAGCAAUAAUGACAAUAACCAUUGAGAAUGAGUCUUACAGCAAAACUCAAAAUUAAAAUGUCUUGACACAUUACAAUAAUGAAAAUUGGGAUGUCACAAAGUAAAAUAGGUUUCUUGUUUAUUUAUGCACAAUAUAAUUCCUUUAAUGAAUUGCCUUUUUCUUUUAAUUUGGGGUGAAAUGUAACAGAGACAUGUUUUAUGACAUUUUCCUAAUGGUGCAAACGGAAGUACGGAGAGUUCUGCCUUUGUUUUGUAUGUGUGUGUGUCUGUCUGUCUGUGUUGCCACCAUCAAUAUGAGUUUCGAUAUUCAGUUGGUAAGAAAUCAAUCCUAUGCAUUUGUCCACUGUAUACUUUUGCUGGCAUUUUUAUGAAGCUUUUUUAAUUCUGUAUGACUAAUUCAGACUGUUUUUCUGUGGUCAAUAGAGAGCAGUCUGGAUUCACCUUAUUUCUUUUGCAUUGUGAUGCAAUAUAAACACAUUUUGAUACCUCUCUCUGUAUAUAUUUAGGAAGAGACUGCUGAGGUCAGUAUUUAUUAGGACUUCUGACAUGUAAAACGUAAUACGGGAUAUGUUUAUUACCAUAAAACCCAUAAACCCACAAAGCUGUUUUCAGACUAUGGGACUGUCCUGUGAGGUGUUGGCAAAACAAUUACCUUGUUUUCCUCUAGUAAAAAAGGGUAAAUAUGGGAUAGCAGUAUCGUGUUUUUAAUUUUGUCCUCUUUGAAAGUUAUUGUAUGUUUGAGUCCUGUUUGUGUGGCCCUUUUCAGAUACUGUAAUUGUAUACAUAAAUAAUUGAUAUACCUGCGAUAUGGUUCUCACUUAUGAGGAUCCUUAUUAGCUGCCAAUGCUUAUUUUUUAUUUGCACUGACCCUUAUCUCGGGCUGAUCAUUGCUUCCUUUUACUGUGUAUGUGCUCAAACACUUUUACUGAACUCCAUAUCCACUACAUGUUCAAGUCAUUGUAUGCCAAUGUUUUUCCAAUGGUACAAAAUAUGUAUUGUUUGAAAGUUCUGUCUGCUCAUUAAAUAUCAACAAUCUUUA